AUGGAUUUGCCUGGACCAAUACAUGAUUUUCUUUUAGUCUUUCUGGGAUCAGUUCUUAUAUUAGGAGGUAUAGGAGUAGUAUUAUUUACCAACCCAAUUUAUUCUGCUUUUUCAUUGGGACUUGUUCUUGUUUGUAUAUCCUUAUUCUAUAUUCUAUUAAACUCUUAUUUUGUAGCUGCGGCACAACUCCUUAUUUACGUGGGAGCUAUAAAUGUUUUAAUCAUAUUUGCUGUGAUGUUCAUGAAUGGUUCAGAAUAUUACAAAGAUUUUAAUCUUUGGACCGUUGGAGAUGGGGUUACUUUGCUGGUUUGUACAAGUAUUUUGGUUUUACUAAUGAGUACUAUUACGGAUACGUCAUGGUACGGGAUUAUUUGGACUACAAGAUCAAACCAGAUUAUAGAGCAAGAUUUGAUAAGUAAUAGUCAACAAAUUGGAAUUCAUUUAUCAACAGAUUUUUUUCUUCCCUUUGAAUUCAUUUCAAUAAUUCUUUUAGCCGCUUUGAUAGGUGCAAUCGCUGUGGCGCGCCAGUAA